AUGUUUGACUCUUUCCGCCAGCUAGGUCGCCUCUCACUCCCGAUAUUGUCAUGUUGGUCUACGGUGCAGGCAGUCGCAUUCCCGGCGACAGUAGAGGUGCAUUUAGUAUUUCCGCGCAACGAUACAUACGCGCCUUCAGAACUCACGCCGAUCGUUUUUGCCAUCUAUAACUCGGAGCUUGCCGGGCCCCUCGACCUGAACUUCGACUACAACAUCUGGCAGCUCUCUCAUUUGAAUGGCACCAGCGACGGCGGGUUCAUACAACUGACAAAUGUGAAUUUCACCAAUGCUAGCGACCCCUACUAUGCGUACACAACCACCAACGUAUUCAACACUACCGAAGGUGAAUGGUCCAUUGUCUGGGAUCUGAGCUCGGGGAACUGCUCAAACUCUACGUCCAUCGAUGAGAGUACGUCGUCCGGCCUUACCUACUAUAACCGAGUCAGCUACUCCCAAUUCACCACCAAGAACGGCGCGAAGCAACCUGACCUCAAUAGUGUUACUACGGCGGACGACCAGACAUGCGCCAAUAUCGUGGACAGAUACUUCACAUUCAACGUAACGGGUACUCUGCCCACAAAUCCAGACAAGCUAGACGGUCGAGCAACGUGCGCCGUUAUCGCGCCUCCAUUUCAAACGGCUCCCACAGCCACGACUUCUUGCCCACCUACGAUGGCUGCUUCGGCUGUGUCGAGCAUCUCAGCGGCUAUUACUGCCAUCGAAUGCAAGGGCUUGAACCCAGUGGUGAGCUGUCCACCUGAAAACGCAGCAGGCAAGGCAACGGGGUUCCUUGCGGGGAGGACGGCCUGGCUGAAGACGGCAGCUUUGAACUAUACCUUGCAAGGAACAGUCGACUCCGAUAACUUAUUCUGGGUGCUGUUGAGCUGUCCCCAAAUCGCCGCGCACUACCUAGAUACGGCUUUCAAAGAGCAGAAUCACUUAGGUUGGUUCAAGAGCCCGACGUCACCACGGCCGACUAUUCAUGAAGCCUAG